UUAGCCCUAAAUGACCGGAGGAGCGUGCAUUUUCAGAACCAUUCAGGAAAAUCACUUGUCGGCGUAAGGUGACUUGAAAGCAACUCUCCAUGUUGAAUAUAAGCUGACGACAGAGAUGUAAUGGUCCGGUGAUCCGUCAGUUUUAUCGUACAUCAAACAUUUUACAACAAUGAGCGGUCAUAGACCUAGAACGACAUCGUUUGCCGAAACAAAUAAGUCGCAUACGCCAAAUUUUGGAGGAGUGAAAAUAAGUCGUGAGUAUACACUUUUACAUUUCAUUACCAAUAGGUAAUAUUCAAGGUGUUUAGGGCUGGAAAACCGCCGAUAGUGUGGGUGUAGAACAUAGUAGAGGAAUGAUGAUGGGCAAAUAUGACUGUCCUGUUCGUUUUUUAGGCGAUAAAGAUGGAAGCAAAGUAACAACCGUCGUUGCAACUACAGGCUCCCUGCCCGAUCGGACGCAAGAGAUCAGUUAUACUGACACGAAAGUUAUUGGGAAUGGUUCUUUCGGAGUUGUAUAUCAGGCACGGAUGUGUGAUUCUUCGGAGCUUGUGGCUAUAAAGAAAGUCUUGCAAGACAAACGUUUUAAGGUAUUUUUGCUUUUGCUUUUUAGACUGACCACAAUAUAUAUAUGUAUGCCCGUUUCGGUGUGACGUUUUCGUUUUCGUAAUGCCGAAAUUCGCUUCAAUACUGGCAACAUUAAACUUUUCUUUCAGAAUCGUGAGCUGCAAAUCAUGAGAAAAUUAGACCACUGCAAUAUUGUCAGGUUACGAUGGUUCUUUUAUUCCAGCGGCGAAAAGGUUAGUUACUCUCUCUCUUAUUGAUAUUUGAAAAAAGACGUAAUGAGAUUUUGAGAUCGAUGCUUGAAUAUUGCGAUGUCGUUUUGCAUCAGUUGAAUUGAGCCUGCUAAAGGCCGGUUAUUUCAUGUUGUUUGUUGAACGGCCUACGUGGGUGUACGAACACUGAUUGCUUUAAUUCAGUAAAACUAGCAUUCUAUUCACUGUAGUAUAUGAGACCAACUGCCUACAUGAUUGUAUUAACGACGUGGAAACAAGAUCGAAGGAAGUGUCGCUCGAAAUGUAUUAUUUUUUUUGUUUAAAUGUACACUCCUUCUGAGGUGAAAACAAAUUUAGCUAUUUUAGGCAACAUAACUUUCACCACAAAGAAACGGAUAUACUUUCACUUUUUUCUUUCGGUCACAUCUGAGAUUUUAGUUAGCUUCACCUGGAUGGAAAUUUUUAAGACGAAUUUUUUUUUCUUUGGAAACCAUCGGAUUUGUUGUAAUUUCAGGAUAGCCAAAUUUUUUGCUUCGUUGAAAUUUUUUCUUAGUCCGGUGUGAUCUAGAAAGGAUUUAAAAUCUUUCUGACAUCACAUUUGUCGAGCGGGCUGAAGUGGUAUCUUUGCCACUUAUGUCUUUGUAACAUUAUAUUUCCCUAAAACAGAAAAACUGAUAUAUUUUAAGAUUCUAAAAAAUGCCCUUUGCCCCACGAAUCCGUGGUCAGUUUUUCAGUCUUCAUGUUAAUUUUUCAUCUGCCUGUUCACUGCAAAUUAUAGGGAACAUUUCUUAAUUCUUAUGGACAGAAUGUCAAAUCCAAAGGGAAAGAUAUUAUGUAAAUACUUCGUUUCAAAUAAAAGUUGAAAAAACUAGGGGCAAAUUUGGUACUGAGAGAAACGUUGCUAUUAUAAUGACAGUAAUGGGGUUGUUCCCAUCAAGUUCAAUCCUGCCCUUGUACAAAAUCGAUUUUUCAAUUACUAUCGUAGACUAUGUACGGUAAAUAAUGUAAGUUUAUAACAUAAAUAAUAUUGUACUGGUUUUCUCGUUUGAAGCAGACGUUAACUGUGGUUUAAUAGGAGACUGAAUUUUAUGAUAUUUUUAAUUAGAAAAUUGGAAAAAUCUAAAAAGUGAUGUUAUUUACAUUACCAAUACUACAUGGCUAUAGCAGGGACAAAAAUUGUUAAACAUUUUUAGACUUGACAUUUUUAAAUUCUCUUGGAUGCCUUUUUUUUCCUACAUCCCUUUGACCAUUAGGUACCACUGUUUUGGAGAAUUUUUUUCUCUUUAUUACAUCAACAUUACAUAGUAAAGCACUGUGAGUGCUCAGAUUAUAAGCCCAAGAGUACUUAUUUACUCUUUAAAGUCUAGAGUGAGGCACUCACCUGGUUAUUCAGAUAACCUGUGUGCAGAUGUCUCCUAUUUCCCAGUUGCUCAAGGAAAAGGGAAAUCUGCGCAAUGCUGUUGCUAAUCAUAUUAGAGCCUCACCCUCAGGGUAUUUAAUUUUGGAUAAAUUUUAAAAUGUGUACCACUUGUGUCUACACCUAGGUAGCUUGCGUUGCAGACAUAAUAUAUUGAAACUCGCUUAGUAACACCUGUGAAGCCACACCAAGAUCCUUGUUCUGGGCCCUGAACAGACUCAACAAAUUACUGAAAGUCCUUUUCCCAAUUUCCUUUCAUCCUGAUGGACAAAUCCACAAAGGCUUUUUUAACAGGUUCAUCUUAGAGCGUACUCAAAUCCUGGUUCGCAGGUUAGGGCCCAUAACAAGGAUUCCAGCACUGUUUCGCAGAUGGACUUAACCAGAGUUUAGUUUCAUUUGUGGUGCAGGCUAUGUCUUGGUUGAAAGGAGACAACUUGAGUCUUAUUUCAAGAAGAGCACAUGUUAUCCCAGACCCAUUCUUGAAUUGUCUACUCCUGUUUAGAAAGAGAUGUUGGAAUUGAUUUUGUAAGGUUGGAUUUUUCAAUGCAGCUGUGGCUAUCGACAUAAAAUCUUUCCCAAGCUUUCCUGGUGGUUCUCUCAGCAUGUUUUCUUUAAUCUUCCUCAGCCACUGAACUGUAAUUUGCACGACAGUUUUACUUUUAUUUGUUGAUCUCAAAGUGUUGUGCAAUGACUGUAAGUCGAACGGGGAAAACUUUGCGAUUAAGCUUUCUGUAGGGAUGUUUGACCACAAUGAAGAAAGGAGUGAGCCAUGAUCAUUUGGCAAAGAAACUGAUUUAUCUGAUAGAAUUUUCUUGCCAGGAAAAUAGACUCUGCUGCCGUCUCAAGUGCCUGUACCUUUUUUACUUCUUUGUGUCAGAUAGUCCUCUAUUUAUUUCUUUGUAACUGGUUUUCCAAAAUUCCCUGGUUGAGUUUUCUCAAGUUGGUUGGAAGUCCAUUGAAUUUCACUUUUGAAGACCAGGGCUCGAAAAAAUUUUUUGAAGUCUUUCUAGCCGUGGGCUAGCUAGCAUUCCUACUUUACUAGCCUGAAGCCUGAGAGCUCUAGCCCAGUACUUAUUUGUAUUGUGAGCCAGUCUUAAAAUUUAUCAGCUAAGGAUGGAUAUUUGCGCUACGUUUGGCAAGACAUUACACCCUUUUCCUGGUCAUACUCCACCCACAGCUAUUUUGUUUUCCACUGUGGAAGAAACAAAGGUUUUACUGGGUAUCAUACUUCUUGUUUUUGGUCUGAAUUUCAUCUGCAGCAGCUGGCCCAUCGGUACUCCACUUACACUGAUCUUCAGCAACACCAUCCACUUUCUUUUCCUGUGUGGAGCCAAAGUUCAAGAGGUUCACUGAAAGAAACAAAACAAAAUACAUUCGUAACUUCCCACGUGCUACAUGUGCGUGCCUCUUUGUGCAUGUCCUAAGGACCAAAGUGGUUCCCAGACUUCUCCUGUCCACAUAGAACACCUUGCAAAUAUUCUCUUUGCGUACUCACUGAUGUACUCGCUUUUGACUCCUUCGUGGCAUAGGUUGUAAUACAGUACUGACUUUUUAUGUAAUUAUUUUUAUAAGAAACCUGUUUUUCUAAAUAUUUAAAUGCAGAUCUUGCCAGUUAAUUCAACAACUGGGCUUUUAAGUGCCUUUCUAGCCCAUUGCGCUAGGAAAGUAUUUUUUCCCUUGGCAAACAAAAACUUUCGCUAGCCCCGGGAGUCGGGCUAGUGGAUUUUUGGAGCCCUGAAGACACUUGUUAUAAAAAAAGAUAAUAUUGGAUGUUCAAAGAAUAUUGUAAGAGAAGAUUUCUGUCAUACACAUUAAAUUUUACUCUUACAUGCGUGAGGUUUCUGUCACGCAACUCUUCACUUUUUAUCGCAACCAAUCAGAAUCUAGCUGAAUAAUUCCCAUUGUGAGGUGGUCAAUCACAGUCCUUUACAUACAUACAUACUUUAUUGACUUUCCUCAUAGAGGCUUUUCCUUUCUCAAGAUCUUGGGAGAACCAGAAGGUGAUUAGCAACGGAGCACUCAGGCUAUCCUCAAGAAACAUCCUCUUUGUCUCAAAUGGACAAAAGCUGUAUUAUAUAUCUUUCUGUAAAAACCCAAAUUGUAUUUUGUUUAUGUGGUAUGGAUAUAUUUGGCUUUAAGUGUCCUCUCACACCCAAGAUUUGUUGCUGUCCUUAAGAACCAUUGUCAGAGGAGCUAUACCUUCAACGUAAAACCACGUGAAAUGGCAGUCCCAUUUCCAGUUGGAGACUUAAAAAAAAAAACAGUGUCCACAGUUAGUACUUUCAUGCUUAAUACAUUGAUACUCAAUUCAAUCACAAACCAGCGAAUAAGUAUUGCUGAAACCGAUUGCAUUAUCCAGUGAAGAGCUUUGUCCACCUUUUAUACAACUGGGGCCUGGAAAAUAUUCAUACCUACCCCAUAGAAGGUAAUUGGAAAUUUCUAGAGGAAGAGGGUCUGCCACUAUUACUUCUGGAAGGGUUAAAAUUUAUCAUUGCUUAUCUUAUUCAUCCACUAAAUUCAUAGAAGUGGCAAAUUAUUUUCAGCAAUAGUGUCAGAAAGGCAAAACAUUGUAUUAACUUCUAUAUUUUUGACAGCUAACAGUCACCCUUAUCUUGGCCACGAUCCCAAGGUCAGGGUCAUUCCUUGAUCCAGAUUGAUUGUAAGCUUUCAAAAAUGUCAGGUUUUUGCCUUGCUGAUGCUUUUGUGAAAAAGACUUCUAGCCAUAUUUAAUCAUUUUAUUUUAUGUUCUCUUUUAUAGAAAGAAGAAAUCUAUUUAAAUCUGGUUCUUGACUUUGUCCCAGAGACUGUUUAUAGAGUAGCAAGACAUUACAGCAAAGCAAAACAGACCAUUCCUAUACUGUAUAUUAAGGUAAUAUAAUAUUGGAAAAAAAAACAAUGCACCCGAAAAAGCAUAGUAAUUGGAUUAUUCAUCCGCUACUGUGUGUGCCUCCAACAAUCUGAAUUUCACUAGAUUUUAAGCCAGGAUUGUGCUCAAAGGAAAAUUGAACAUAGCCCAUGGCCAGUGCCAUGAACCUGAAAAAUCUAGAGUGUGCAGCAUAUGAUUUGUAUGAAAAAAUGGUGACAUUCUGCUGGUUACUGCUUCACUAACAUAUAUGUGACUCCAUGUUUGAGCACCCUUAAGAGUCAUUAAGACCUUGACACUAUCACUAGUGAAAAAUUCGCCUCAAGUGCUGUCAACAAAAUUAAUAUACAGUGGAACCCUGUUAAUACAGUGACCAGUAGGUCCAAAAAAUUUGCCUGUAUUAACGGGGUGGCCGUAUUAUCGAGGCAGGCUCAAAUUUCAUGCCUUGAGGGCCGUAAUGACAAAUACACCAAACAUCUCAUUCUCAUUUCUAACACAACUGUUGUCAUUUAUCAACAACCAGAAAGUAGAUAUCGCAAACAGUAAUAAGAUUUUUAUUGAAAACACUACUUAAAUAAAACACUUUUAAAAUUUGGCUAUAAAAUCACAACAAGUGCACUUUGUUUACUGUAGUCUAAAAACAGUACAAGAACAGGCUUAGAGUACUAGGUCAAUAAAAUUGACAGGUUACAGGCAUUUUAAUUUUCUAAAUUUCAAAGAAGUGGCCUUAUUAACGGGGUGAAAUUAUUUGAGACUCCACUGUUUGGGAUUUUAAAAUGUGGCUGUUGGCCAUUUCAACAGGUGACCACAUUAAUCAGGGUUUUUUAUAAGGAAAUGAGUAACAAGGUGACCGAAUUACUGAGAUGGCUGUAAGGCAGGGUUCCUCUGUAUCUUAAGUUCCUUUAUUGGUAGAAAUUUAGACAUUUUUGUUGAUAUAAUACAGCAAAGAUGCACCAAGAUAAUAUUGACAAACUACAAUGAACAGACAUGAACUGCAGCUUUGUUAACCUCAUUUCUAGACCCAAGGGGAAGAUGCCUGUCACAAAAAUAAAGUGCAACUUCGGCCUUGAAUUGUCUUUCUGAACCAUGGGCAUACUUGCUAACUUACAAUAAUAUUAUUCUAUGGCAUUAUUUACAGGUUCUGUUCAAAUAAAAAAUGGGGCAAGCAAAACAUCUUUUCAAAAUUUUUUCUUCUAUUGCCAAUGUCUUCAUUGGAGUGUCAUAGGUUGUUCAUUUGUAGCCAAAGGAUUAAAGUCUAUGGAAAUUUCUUUGAUAUAUGAUGGUUUUCAAAUAACUUGAUUGACUUCUUUUUCACUGGUUAGUUACCCUAUACAUAGCAGUUUGCUUGUCUAAGGAAGAAAGCCAUGUUCAGAUUUCAUGUUGCAGCAAUGUUUUGGUAGACAAAAUGGCUGCACUGCAUCUAAAAACAAGUUGCCCCAACCUAUUGAUCUCUAUUAUUUGUUUUUUUCCUUUUUCUUAAAUAUUUUAAGAGUAGUACAAAUCUUCUUUAGGAAGGAGCCAUGUACUUGGAGUGUAAGUGGUAGUCCAAAAAGGUCAACCACAGUGGCCCUUCAAAUGGUCAAUGCACGUGGUGAAUGUUUUUGCCAAAUGUCGUGGAGUCUGAGGGGUGAUAGUCUGUCUCCCUGUAUGGCCUUGAUGUGUGUAUUUUUCUUUGUCAGCUUUACAUGUACCAAAUGUUUCGUUCCCUGGCCUACAUUCACUCUGUUGGUAUAUGCCAUCGUGACAUCAAACCCCAGAAUUUGCUCCUUGAUCCAGAGACAGCAGUGUUAAAACUCUGUGACUUUGGCAGGUAAGGGCUUGCUUGGUAUAAUACAUCAGUUUGGUUUGGGUAUGGAACCAGGGGUAAACGCAAGGUAUCUUUAGGCGGAGAUGGGGUCUCUGGGUCUCUGAAACCCUUAACCUUCACCAGACCAUGUUCAACUGCAAUCCUGCUUCUUUAUCCUUGACUAGGCACAGGGUCCCUACCCUAUCCCGGACCAACUGUUAAUAGUACAUGAGAAUAAAAUUUCUAAUAAACUAGUGAGAAACAUGAAUUUACCCAAAGGCUUUGAUGACUCACUUGCAGUUUUUGUUUAUUUAUACUCAUAUUCACAUGAAAUUGCUGUGAAGUGCAUUAUCACUUAAUUCCAACGCCUGAGAGAACCUUUUAGUCAAACUUAUAAGAGCGCCUUGCCUCCCCCUCCCCCUCCCCCUCCUCCUCCUUCAUCCAACUUCUGCAUUCUUGGAAUUCAGCUUUGGAUCUAGGAUAACAGCUAACGUUAUCUUUGCAAAAAUACACCUUUCAGAUUGCCGAAUUAGCAGCACUUGAUAAAAGUCACAGCUUCUAUUGCAGAGAUUCAAGAUCCAUAAUUUGCUUCUUUAUUUCAGUGCAAAAGUGUUAGUGAAAGGAGAGCCUAAUGUUUCUUACAUCUGCUCAAGAUAUUACCGUGCACCAGAGCUUAUAUUUGGAGCCACUGACUAUACUCCUGAUAUAGGUACGGUACAUACUUGUCUAAAUAUACUGUAAAAUUCUGAAAAUAAGCCCCUCCAUGUAUAAGCCCCUCCAAAUAUAAACCCCCCAAUCUCGUAACACAAAAAACCCUCUGUGAAAUUGCCCCCCCCCCCCUUUCCCCGGGGGCUUGUACUUGGAAAUUGCCCCCAAAUACAAGGUAAAACAAAGUAAAAAUGGUAAUUUUCCUUCCAACUAUAAGGCUAGCCCAAUCAAUUUUGAAAGCUCAAAUUUCCCUCCGUAGAUAAGCCCCUCCAAAAAUAAGCCCCCCUAAAAGGGCCUUUUAAAAAUGCAGGUUAAAAUUUUUUAGCCUUGGUUGAUUUUUUAUUUCCUUUGUCUCCAAACCCUAAUUCAUGAAUAAUUAGGGCUAGGAGACAAAGGAAAUUGAGAAUCUACCUAUGUUUUUCCCCCUGAAAAAAUUUUGAAAUCUGGGCCCCUUAAAGUGCAUUUCCAGCAUUCUGGAGAAAAAAUUAGAGUGUUUGAACAGAACACAGACAUAAUUAAAUUUUGGCUUUUGAGGGGGUAAUUUCCAAAGAAAAGUAUGCAGCAAGUUCACGUAAAAUAGGCGGUGAAUUUCACCAGCCACCAGCUCUUGUUGAGAACCCUUAUCACCAGAGGGAAAAUGUCUUUAGGAAAAUGUAUGGAGAUCAGUAUGGAGAAUUUGCAAGUGAAUAUUGGGGUUUAAAGGGUUAUAGAAUGAGUGUCAGUGUUGAUUGUGGCUUGUCUUAGAUAUCAUUGCACCAGGAAAAUUUCUUUUGGCGGUGUUAAAAAAAAGGUGAAUUAUAACCUAGUUUUCCUAUCUCCUUUUUUCUUACCCAGGUUAUAAUUUUCUGACCCUGGUUGUUCAAAUGUUGGAUAGUGCUAUCCAAGGUUUGAACAACCUGGGCCUGAUCUUUAUCAAGAGACAAAUUUGGAGAAUGGCCUCAUUCUUUUGAUUUAAAUCCAAUUUAGCAGAUAAUAAUUUUCAAAUCUUUAUCAAAACACAAAUAGCAACCAAAAUCAAAACACAAAUUGCCAGAAAAGAACGACCAACAUCAAUUUUCUCCUAAAAAUAUCAGUAUAUAAUCAAGUAGAACGGUUAUGAGAAGUAAUAAAAUGAUCAUAAAGGGAAAUAUGCUUUGAUCCUUUAACAAAUUCUCUCAAAAAAUUUUUCAAGAAAUGUAUGGAGGCUAGUCUAUAGAAUCUGUAUGUUGAACUUAGGGGUUAAAGGGAUUUAUAAAUUUAAUGAAGCAGAAUCCAUCUUGAGAUAUGUAGACUUAAAUCAUUUCUAGAUCUCCCCAUGGGAUUCUCCUUUCAGCUUGUUAUUCUCUUAGCUGGAUUUAUCUUGUUUCUUUUUCAGAUGUCUGGUCUGCUGGUUGCGUGUUGGCAGAGCUUCUUCUGGGACAACCCAUCUUCCCUGGUGCCAGUGGAGUAGAUCAGCUUGUUGAAAUAAUUAAAGUGUUAGGAACACCAACUAGGGAACAGAUUAAAGAAAUGAAUCCACAUUACACAGAAUUUAAAUUCCCACAGAUUAAGCCACAUCCCUGGAGCAAGGUAAACCAGAGGAUUUUCUUACGUGGUAUCAGAUAACUGGGUCAAAGAUGGAUUGAGGAAUGAAGGAAACACAAAGAGGGUAUAAGAAAACCCCUCUGAACACAGGGAACAGCUGAGAAAAAUUCCCACUUUGAUAUAUGUGUCUGCCGAUAUGGCACAAAUUUCCUGGUCCCCCCUAUGGGUCACCAAAUCUCCCAUUCAAAAAUUAAUUUUGUGCUUCUCAGUGCUUUAGUUUGGAAUUGAAUAAUUGUUCAAUUGCAGUACAGUUUCUGAGGCAUUUUUCUCAAUUCAUGUCAAAGGAAAGUAAAAAAAAAAACUGUUAGGGAAACUUAACCAGGAGGGUCCAGUUGUGCAAAAAGUAGAUAAUGCUAUCCACAGGAUAAAUUAAUCUCCAUCCAGUGGAUAGUGCAAUUGGUUUCACUAAUAUUUAUCCCCUGGUUAGUGUUUUAUCCGGUAGAUAGUGCUAUCCUACAUUUGAACAACUGGGGCCAGAUAAUAAGUUAUUAAUUUUGAUUUGCAGGUGUUUAGACCCAAGACUCCACCAGAAGCAAUAAACCUCUGUAGUAGAUUACUAGAGUAUACACCAUCAACAAGACUCAUACCUGUUGAGUCAUGUGCUCACUGCUUCUUUGAUGAACUGCGUGACCCCAAUACCAAACUUCCAAAUGGGCGUGAGCUACCUCCACUUUUUAAUUUUACCCCUCAAGGUAUGAUAAACACAUUCCGGUAAUCAGCCUGGUAGGAAAUUUAUGUCUGUGCUUUGUAAUUGUAUCUAAAAUAUCUGAAAUACCUCAAUACUGCAGUCUAAAAUACAGUGGAACUUGUAUAUUGCAGUUACCUUAGAGGCUUUGGAAACUGGCUGCUGAACUUAAGGCUGCUUCAUAUAAGAUAACUAAAGUAGUCACUAGGCAUGGCAAUUGCCAAAUGUCUAUUUUAAUAGUGUAUCGUACAACAAACCCUCAAUUAUUUUUGGAAAUGGUCAGACAGGCCAUCAAUACUUCCAAUGAUGUUGCUUACUUUCACUGUACAUACAUGUAUUUCUUUGACUUAAAGUUCACAACUUUUACACGUAGAGGAUAUUAUAUAGCCAUACAAACCCGCAAAAGUUCUCUUACAGUGUUGAAAUAAUUAUGUUUCUACACGGAUUCACUUUUCAAAUAAUUUUGAUAAUCAGUUCAUUGAUGGAAUCUAUGGGGGUAUGGUUGACCUGACAUGACUCAGGGUAAUAUAGGCAACAACUACCACUUUUGUAUCUAUUAAAUAAUAUUGUAAUUCGAAGAGGGCUGUCAAUAAAUUUUAAUACAGCACUGUUACAUUCAGGUUUCUCUCAUGCUCUCCCUGUAAGUUUACCCUGCAAGCUGAGUCUCCUUCGAUCUUUCUAAAAUGCUGAGAUUCGUAAUGUAAGGCCACCACAUGUAAGGGAUCCAAGACAGUCUUGGAGUUUGGAUUCCAAAGUCCAGCAUUCCACAAUCCCCAAACAAAGUGUCCCUGAUUCCAGAUUCCAGACUCCAGAUCCCAGAUUCCCUCAGAUGGGGUGAGCCCACAGUUUACCAUUUUUUGUUGUCUCCUCUCACAGAGUUAUCAGUGAAACCGUCUCUGGCCUCUACCCUCAUACCCUCCCACGCCCAGAGAAAUUCUGCAGCAGCUAGCUCCAGUGCCUCGGGGACAUCUUCAAAUCCAGGCCCUGCAGUUGUUGACGGAGCUGUGGCAUCUAUUUCCACGCCAGUCUCCUGAAGGAGAGUCAAUGAACAUUUGUGUCUAUAGAGGCUGCAUUGGGAGUUGUCCUUGUACAAAACAAACAGAAGUUCAAAUUUGUCUUGUAAAUAGUGUCACAAAUUGAGUCAUGAAUGUUUUAGCAUGUAUUUUGAAAGUGCACCAGUUUGCCAUCGUGUUUGAGUCUUAAAUUUUACUUUUCCACCCGCUGCUAUGUACAAAUCUUUUCUAAUUACAACACAGCAAUUCACUGACUUAUCAUUAAUAGCAGAUCAUGUGCAUUAUUUCUUAUUGUUUAAAGUUAAGUUAGCCUGGUAAUACCUUCACCCUUUCCACACAAAGAAAGUGUUGAACCAUAUUUGAAAUGUUAUUUAUUUCAUUAAAAUUUUACCUACCCUUUUCUUACAUUCAAACAGGUUCUUCUUAGUGUGGCUGGCUUUUCUUAUUCACCUUUAUGAGAUUGGGCUGUUUUUAGGACUAAAAGGGCAGUUUUAUUUUCCAAUGUAUAUGAAUUGUUCAGAGCAAAAUUCAACAUUUUUAAGGCUACUAGGUGCAUUUCAGCGUUAUCGAUACACUUUUGUACUGGAAUAGAAAAGCACUGGCGAGAAAUUAGUGACAAAAAUCAUUUUGACAGGGGUUAAAAUUGAAUCCUUUAGAACACAUAAAGUGUGGUACUGGAUAAUGUAUUUAUACUGACAGUACCAAAAUUAAUAUUUAAAUAAUGUAAUACCAAUGUAAAAUAUGUUCCUCUUAACUUGAAGCCAAAGGUCACCCCUGCCUGGCUGUAGAAAAAAAAAAACUUAACAGUUAAUAUUUGAGUCUGUAUAGAAUUUUAUGGACUUGUAAAUUUAAGCAAUUUUAUUUGUUUCUUCUUUUAUGUGUAAAAUUUAUAAUCUACUCUUGUACACUUCCUGUGAGCAUUCUGACAUGAUAAAGCAUGAAAAUGAUUGUCAUGAGCGUUUAUUUUGAAUGACACCGUGAUUUUCUAUCUUUGGCUUGGGCAGAAACACAACUAGUGUAAAAAACGGACCGAACCUACAGGAAAAAAGGAAAUUGGUUGGAAAUGUAGGGUAGCCUGCGGGCAAGCUCUCCGCUGUGCUCUAGCUCCCGCCACCCCCCACCCCGUUCCCCUGGGAGAGCUUGCUAGCAGAGGUUCGAGAAAAUAAUCAGGAAUGUAAUGUUGUUUCGGAGGAGAAUACUCUACAGUGGGUUUCUUGGAGGCCCCUCCCAUCUCGUUUCCAGAGAUUUCAUAUCCUUUCUCAAGAGUUCAGCAAAUGGGGGACGCGCAAAGAAAUGUGAGCAGGAAAAACAGUUAGGGAGGAGGAGGAAGGGCUACAGAAAGUUCCCUCCUCUCUCUAGCCUUUUUUUUCCUCCGCUCUUCUUUUCGCUUCACCUUCCACUACCUAAAUGCCUGGAACAAGCAAGAGAUUUCAAGGGUCUCCAUUUGUUUGUUGAGAGUCCGGUGGGGUGGGGGAUUCCCCUGUCAAAGGGCGCGUGGAGGAGGUCGCCGGCCCCCUCAGGGAGCAAUCUAGCCGUGGCCGUAGCUUUAGUUGACCCCUAAAAAUCCUAAAAGAGAAACCCAAUUGAGAGCUAUGGUUAUCUUGAUUGUAAUGCAGGAGAUUUCUUAGAAUGCUUUUUAUUUCUCGCCCUCUGCUUUUAACCCCUUUUUAAACACAGCCCUUAGCGAUAUCUGUGCCAUGAGACAGGAGUCCUAUAAUCCUCCCUAGGGUUGAGUCGGUGCGCCCUCUGUCCACGUUGUUUUGAGGCGUUUAUAAUCCCGGCUUAACUUUGCCACAACAGCUCUUUUGUUUUCAAGAUGUUAAAGCCGUUUUGCCCGCUCCCUUGAUUUUGUUGUACUUGCGCAAGUGAAUUUAUCUUCACUUUUUCUUUUGUGGGGAAUACUGAGUCUACGAGAUGUUCCUCAAUUUCCUUGAAAAUAGUAGAGAAAGCGACAUAUAGUUAAAUCGCCACCCGCGAGGAAAGUGCCAAUCGCACAGUAUUCUUUCCCCGUGUCACCUCGCGCCCCGGGAGGCCAUUUUCGCGCUCGCCCGCGUAGUCCGCUCGAGAAACGGAGGGACCACUUACUCGUUGUCAGGCCGGCUCUUUUUGUUGUCACGGCUCUGCUGUGUGUCGGUAUGGUCUGAACAAAUGUAGUGACAAAGAUGUAAUCUUUUAACCAGGGCAUUUUAGGAUAGCGUGGUUGAAGAGAGAAAUGCGCUGGGAACGAGUUUGAGGGUGAGAUAAGUAGGUGUCGAAAUGUUUCUUGCCUGCUUGCAAUACGUACGUAAAAUAAAUUGCUAAAAAAUCUAAAAUAUCCUAAAAGGUUUUUUUUUUUUUCUGGCUCAUCCUCGGAGUAAAAACCUGUGAAACUCACGAGUGGCGUAAAACAAUGAAUACAAAGAAGCCACUGAGAAGUCAACAAAAUAGAGCCAAGGAAAAUAAUCGCUAGAAAACAAAGAAAAACUUCACAGGUCUUCAUGCCAAGGUAAAACCCUUUUUUCUCCCCAAAACGCUUUGGGAGACUCUAGGGGGUGAUAUAUGAACGACUUUUUGAGUUCUGGCUCAAAGAACGCGGGCUCAAGAAAGAUGGAGGGUGGCUCAAAGCCAAACUUAUAUAUUGUGUGGGUUUUCUCUCGGUGUUGCGUCUGGUUUCAAUAAUGAAGGCUGCAUUGGAACACAGAAGUGAAGCAGACAACGCUAAAUUAUAAAGUUAUCUGUAAAAAUGACAUCGGAUGCCUCUCCGUUGUGUUGUUGUGAGUUCCAAAACCUUCAUGGCCGAAGAUCCCAUAUCCUUGCAUUUUGCUGUGAAUGUGAUGAGUUGGACAACGCUGUCGAUCAGUGCCUUAAAGGAAACAGAGUUCCAAGAGAGAAAGUGGCUGCAGUAUUCUCGGUUAUUUCUGAUCGCAUUCGCAUUCCUUGGUUUAAUGGUGCUCUCAAAAUAGAGCUCGGAAUCAUUGCUCCUGUUUUAGUUUUGAUUGUUUCUCUUCACUUUGCAAGUUAUGGACUUGUUUUCACUGUUCUAGCAAUGGUCUACCUACCUGUAUUUAUUCUUAUAUAUACUUUCUCUGCGCUGAACCGACGAAAGAGGACUUGGUUCUUUGUAAGCUGGGUUUUAUCAUCUCUAAUUGGUAUUUUUUACCUAUAUCUUCUGAAUGUUGCUCCUUUCUAUUCUUAUACCAUCUCUGCAAUUAUUUCUGCCGGCUUUUGUGUUGUAUUACUACUAUACCUGCGUGUUAUCUUUUCAAGAAGGCUCCUUGUCUCUCAUUCUCUGAUUUCUAAAUCAUCAUCCCAGAAUGAUCCAAACCACAUGUCUUCAAGUUUGAAGGACCUAACAUGCUGUUUAUGUACUGAGGGGCCAUUCAUUAGAGCAAAACACUGCAGGUAGAGUGCAAGCAGCACUAACUAACAUGGACACCCUAGAGUCCACAAGUUAGUGUCGUUAAUAACGAGAUCCCAUAAUAGAGAAGAGAAUUGGUGACAUCGCAAAAAUUAUGGGGUUGGUUAGCAUAUCCAGAAAGAAUGAGAUGAAAAAAAUUGGUCAUGUGGUAAAAAUCAGCCUCUUAGAGUAAAUUGCUGGGGAGAUAUAAGCAUUGUUAUGCUCUAGUGACUCCACAUAAAUACUCCCAUACUAGGCUUUGAUCAUAAGUGUUAUGAUCCAAGCCAAUAUUUGAAGGGUUUGUAUGGAAUCAUCAAAGCAUAACCAUGGUUAUAUCUCCCCACCAAUUUGCAUUGACGGGCUGAUUUUUGGCAAGAGGGCUUUUUCGUUUUGUUCUUUCUGAAUAUGCCAACUAAUCCCAUAAUUUCACACAUUUGAAUUUUUGUGAUGGCAAACUUCUUUACUCUAUAGCAGGAGUUUAUUUUGAUCAAACAUCUUUAAUUUACUUUUGCUAGAGAUUUAGCUACUGUCUGUAUUAUAGUGGUGCGCACUAAAGUAAGUUGUCAGCAUGGUGAUAGUUGACUGUGAAAACCAUAAUUACAGUGGAACCUCAAUGUAACGAAUGAUUUUCUCUAGCCCAGUAACAGGAAAAAAUAUCAAAAAGAACCUCGAAAUAACAAAACCUCAUUAUAGCAAACAAAUUUUGCCAGUCCCUUGGCCCUUCGUUAUAUCAAGGUUCCACUGUAUUAUGUCCUACUUGUCAAAUUUACGUGGCAUCUCAGCUGGCCACUCAUUCUCAGCCUUCACAUCUAUUUGACCUUACUAGCUGUGUCCCAAGAUUGCUCACUGGUGUAAACAACUAAACAUACUUUCUUAUUCUCUCUGAAGAAGAAAAACAGAUGUGUUUUCCAUGUCCUAAAAUAACUACUGCCACAUAAUUAUCUGUCCAACUAUGCUUUAAGUUGGUAACUCCUAUGUGCUUUUUGUUUUUGUUUGGUUUGGAUUUUUUUCCUGCUGAUCCUGACUAAGACCAUGGAACCUUAGAUGCUGUAAUGUGGCAAAAUAAUGAUUAAGUUGAAUGGUAGUUUUAUACACUUAAUAAAAAUUUUUUAUACUUGACAAUGCAUAGUGUAAUGUGACUCUUCUUUUGAAUAGGAUUUGUGGCUACUGUGUUCCAAGAUCUGAUCACCAUUGUGUCUGGUGAGUGAUAUUAUGUGAUUGAAAUAUUAUACAACUAUCCCCCGAAGGGGAGGUGAAUAGUGGUGGAUAUAUACCUAGACGCGAAGCAUCAAGGUAUUUAUCUAAUGCUGUGAACCGACCCUGAGGGGGAUUUUUUACUUGUUUUAGUAUUUUCCAAAUCAGUUGGGAAAAAUAAAAAAAGUAACUUUUUGUAAACAAAAGGAGACUCCUAGACUCCUGGGAGUGUUUCUUGGAGUACUGGGAGAAGAGAAAAUGUAAAUGAAAAACAACGAAAUAGAUGACGAGAGCUUUUAGCUGUGAUUGGGAUCUUUGUGAUGAUAUAACAUGUGAUAUUCAAGAGGAGCUUUUGGGUAAAAGUGUUUUAAAAAUCUUGUAUCAUUGCAGGACAAAUUGCUGCAUUGGCCAACACAACCAUCGGGCAUUUCUUGGAGCCAUCUUCUUAUUUAUUGUCACUGGUCUCUGGGGUGUCUACCUUUCCUUUUUCACUAUCUGUAAAUCUUUGAGUGGAAAGAUUCUCCAUUUGGAUUGUUCAGAUGUCUAUUCAGAUUCCAGGUAAGCUUCCUUGGAUAAUGCCAUUUUUAGCCGCUCAUCAUACCUUAUUAGUGAUGAGGGUGGUCAUUAUAAAAGUUCUCUAGCUGCUUGCGUGCACAGGGCACGGUGAUAUUUUGCCUUAAUUUCAGUAAAAUUUUGCGACAUGAAUUGGCCUUAUUUAUUGUAGAAUAAAUAUUAUGAAAAUGACCAAUUGAAGCAAUAUUUAGUCUUGAUCAAGUUCAAUAAAGAAUUACCCAUACAUCGAAAGCUUUGGGAUACAUGGCUAAACCUGCACCAUAAGAAAAUAAUAUUUCGUUAACUUAGAGGCUGUUUACGUAGAGGUGGAGGACCCCAGUUAGGUGAAGUAAACCACUUAGGCAGGGCUAAUUACCCGCCUGUCCAUAUAAUCUCUCAUAUGGUCACCCCACCUUUUGUGUGAAUGAGAUCAAAUUAAUAUGAGAGAUUACAUUAACAGGCAGGUUACCCCACCUAAGCAGAUUACCUCACCUACGUGGGGUCCCCACCUCCAUGUAAACAUACCCUGAAUAGUUUAUGGUUUUUAGGAGAGGCUUACUGCUGACUUUAUGGUAUUCAUCUGUGUGUUUCAUUUUUUAUACACUGUUGAUGAGUACAUUUUAACAUCCACUAUUCCUUUUCAGGUCCGCAGUUGUUUUUGUUGCCUGUUGGUACACGAUUCUGUUUAUUUUUGGAAUGAGUUCACUUCUGGUACAGCAGCUUCUGUUCAUCAGUUUCAACAUAACUGGUGAUGAAUGGAGAAGAUCUUUGAGAAAGAAGUCAUUUUGGGAAGUCCUGUGGACACAUCAGUAUAACAAGGGAUUCCUAAGAAACUGGAUAGAGUUUCUGUGCUCCAAAGAUAUUAGAACUGGAAUUGCUGAAGAAGUGGUUUAGGUGGAUCAAUAUUUCGAUAAGCUUUCCUUUUUAAAAUAAUUUCUGUGUCCUUAACCAAAUUUCAUUGGUUUUGGUAGCUAGACAGUAAACGUUUUAUAGCCAGCAAAAUAUGUCAUGGUUUUUUUACAGGCUCAAGACUGCAUUGAAAUUUUGUAUAUUUAUAUUCUAAAUUAUUUCCUGUCAUAGUCUUUCCUGGAAAAGUUGCUGGGACUUUUCACCCCAGUCAGAAACUUUGAGGGACCUAUGUAAUGGGGGCACUGUAAAUAUUUAAAAAUCUAAAACUGAAUACAUUUGUAUUAAAAUUGUUUAGGAAAGUAAACUUUUUUUCUAUGUUAGUUUAGUCUUAUGCUGAAUUUUCUUGGAAAUAUUUCUUUUAUUAUAGGUAGGUUUAUUUGUGUAAAAUGGUUUCUCCAUAGCACUUAAUAUACAUUCUCAUUGAACAAUACACAAAUCCUUUGUAAAAACUCACACAAAUAUAUAGAAAGACAAAGUUUAGGGUGCAG